GGGUACGAGAUUGGAGAAGGAUAAUUGUUCGCGGCCUUUUUGUGGUCCCAAGGAGAGCCGUCGUAUAACCCGCUUCGUUUUUAGCUCUUCAUAUUAGGGUUUGGUUCGACUCCAUCCUCACUGAACAGCAGCUGUAACUUCGGCGAACGUUAAAUCGAGAUGGCUUCAGAGAAGAAAUUGCAGAACCCAAUGAGGGAAAUCAAAGUGCAGAAGCUUGUUCUCAACAUCUCUGUCGGUGAAAGUGGAGAUCGUCUCACCAGAGCUGCUAAGGUGCUGGAACAACUCAGUGGCCAAACUCCCGUUUUUUCAAAAGCAAGGUACACUGUUCGUUCCUUUGGUAUUAGAAGGAAUGAAAAGAUUGCAUGCUACGUCACAGUAAGGGGUGACAAAGCAAUGCAGCUUUUGGAAAGUGGAUUAAAGGUGAAGGAAUAUGAGCUUCUGCGAAGGAACUUUAGUGAAACUGGCUGUUUUGGAUUUGGUAUCCAGGAGCAUAUUGAUCUUGGAAUCAAGUAUGACCCGUCAACUGGUAUUUAUGGGAUGGACUUCUAUGUCGUUCUUGAGCGCCCAGGUUACCGUGUAGGUCGACGUCGUAGGUGCAAGUCUCGUGUUGGGAUCCAGCACAGGGUUACAAAGGAUGAUGCCAUGAAAUGGUUCCAGGUCAAAUAUGAGGGAGUGAUCCUUAACAGGUCACAGACAGUGGCUUCUUAAGCACAAAGCAGAUCUUUACAACCGUUUGAGAUUUUGCGUUCCUCAAUUCACAGUUUGUAGACAAUGAUUAUUUCUUAGAUUUUGGCAAGCCUUGUUAAUGCAUUUGUAUGAACAAGAUAUAUUGUGUUCCUUCUUCAAUGUCAUCAAGAUUUAUAUGAUUA